AUGGAGGACGAAGUCGCCGCGCUCGUGUUGGACAAUGGAUCUGGAAUGUGCAAAGCUGGCUUCGCUGGCGACGAUGCCCCCCGCGCGGUCUUCCCCUCCAUCGUUGGUCGUCCCCGACACCAGGGUGUGAUGGUCGGAAUGGGCCAGAAGGAUUCAUAUGUCGGCGACGAGGCCCAGUCGAAGCGUGGUAUUCUUACGCUCAAGUACCCCAUUGAGCACGGUAUUGUGACCAACUGGGACGAUAUGGAGAAGAUUUGGCACCACACCUUCUACAACGAGCUUCGUGUCGCCCCCGAAGAACACCCUGUUCUCCUUACUGAGGCCCCACUCAACCCUAAAGUCAACAGGGAGAAGAUGACCCAGAUCAUGUUCGAGACAUUCAAUGUCCCUGCCUUCUACGUCUCUAUCCAGGCCGUCCUCUCCCUAUACGCCUCUGGUCGUACCACUGGUAUCGUCCUCGACUCUGGUGAUGGUGUUUCCCAUACCGUCCCUAUCUACGAGGGUUUCUCCCUUCCCCACGCCAUUCUCCGUCUCGACCUUGCUGGCCGUGACCUCACCGAGUUCCUCAUCAAGAAUCUGACCGAGCGUGGCUACCCAUUCACGACCACCGCCGAGCGUGAAAUUGUCCGUGACAUCAAGGAGAAGCUCUGCUAUGUCGCGCUCGACUUCGAGCAGGAGUUGCAGACAGCGGCCCAGUCGUCGGCGCUCGAAAAGAGCUACGAGUUACCUGAUGGACAGGUCAUCACCAUCGGCAAUGAGCGUUUCCGUGCACCAGAGGCACUGUUCCAGCCUGCCUUCCUCGGCUUGGAGGCUGCGGGUAUCCAUGAGACAACCUACAACUCCAUCUUCAAAUGCGACCUCGAUAUUCGUCGUGAUCUCUACGGCAACGUUGUCCUUUCUGGCGGAACGACUAUGUUCCCCGGUAUCGCCGACCGCAUGCAAAAGGAGCUCACUUCCCUCUCGCCCGCCAGCAUGAAAGUGAAGAUCGUUGCCCCGCCGGAGCGCAAAUACUCUGUCUGGAUUGGUGGCUCUAUCUUGGCGUCGCUUUCGACCUUCCAGAACCUCUGGUGCAGCAAACAGGAGUACGACGAGUCGGGCCCGGGCAUUGUCCACCGAAAGUGCUUCUAA